CGCGCGGCCCCGGACGCGGAAGUGCCGCGCGGUACCCGCGGGACGGCACCGGCAGGUCAGGGCCGGGCCCCGCGUUGGGCGCUCCGCGAGCAGGGCGGGAGUGCGCUGCGCUCUGCUGGGGCACGGCCGGCCCCGGCCGCGCUGCCCUGGGGCUGUGAGCGGCACGGAGCGUUAAGGUGUCCGCGCUCCCUUCGCGCCCGGACUGCGCCGUUCUCCCCGGUGUCCUUCCCCCGGGGCUCUGGCGUGAGCCGCCGCGCUGCUCGCUCUGCACUACUGCCCCCCGUGCGGAUGUGCAAGAUGCCUUUAACCGUCUUGGCUCGAAGCGUCUGAGAGGAACCGGAGCUCAAGAUGAGAACCAACAAGGUGUACAAGCUCGUCAUACAUAAGAAGGGGUUUGGAGGCAGUGAUGAUGAACUGGUGGUGAAUCCUAAAGUAUUUCUUCAAAUCAAGCUGGGAGAUGUUGUGGAAAUUGCACAUCCCAAUGAUGAAUACAGUCCACUGCUUCUCCAAGUGAAGUCACUUAAGGAAGAUUUGCAGAAAGAAACGAUAAGUGUGGACCAGACAGUGGCACAGGUGUUCCGCCUGCGGCCGUACCAGGAUGUCCAUGUCAAUGUUGUUGACCCAAAGGAGGUGACCUUGGACUUGGUGGAGCUGACAUUUAAAGAUCAGUAUAUUGGGCGUGGGGAUAUGUGGAGGCUGAAGAAGAGUUUGGUCAGCACAUGUGCAUAUGUCACCCAAAAAGUUGAAUUUGCAGGUAUCAGGGCCCAGGCAGGUGAACUGUGGGUAAAGAGUGAGAAAGUUACUUGUGGAUACAUCAGUGAGGACACCCGGGUGGUCUUCCGCUCCACUUCUGCCAUGGUUUAUAUUUUUAUCCAGAUGAGCUGUGAAAUGUGGGAUUUUGAUAUUUAUGGGGAUCUAUACUUUGAGAAAGCUGUGAAUGGUUUCCUUGCUGACCUCUUCACAAAAUGGAAGGAGAAGAAUUGCAGCCAUGAAGUGACAGUGGUUCUAUUUUCAAGAACAUUUUAUGAAGCUAAAUCUAUAGAUGAGUUUCCUGAAACACAUCGUGCAUCAAUUCGGCAGGAUCACGAGGGAAGAUUUUAUGAAGAUUUUUACAAAGUUGUCGUUCAGAACGAGAGGCGGGAGGAGUGGACCUCCUUGCUUGUGACCAUCAAAAAGCUUUUCAUCCAGUAUCCUGUGUUGGUACGACUCGAGCAAGCAGAGGGCUUUCCUUCAGGUUACAAUUCUACCUCAGCACAAGGGAACUACCUGGAGGCUAUAAAUCUUUCAUUCAAUGGGGAGCCUGACAAGGUCCCCCCUUUCUCUCUGGCAGUGUUUGACAAGCAUUACAUCAACCGCAACUUCGACCGCACGGGGCAGAUGUCGGUGGUGAUCACCCCCGGCGUGGGCGUGUUCGAGGUGGAUCGGCUCCUCAUGAUCCUCACCAAGCAGCGCAUGAUUGACAAUGGGAUUGGUGUGGAUUUGGUGUGCAUGGGAGAGCAGCCCUUGCAUGCUGUACCACUCUUUAAGCUCCAUAAUCGUUGUGGCCCUGGUGACUCACGAAUGGGUGAUGACUACAAUAUCCCACACUGGAUAAAUCAUAGUUUCUACACAUCCAAAAGCCAGCUCCUGUGUAACAGCUUCACUCCACGGAUCAAGCUGGCAGGAAGGAAGCCACUGACAGAGAAAGCAAAAAGUAAUCGUGAUGCCUCAUUAGGAGCUCCAAAGGAUGCUGAGAAUGCCUUGCCUAUCCAGGUGGAUUAUGAUGGCUAUGAUGCCCAGGUGUUCAGACUGCCAGGCCCAGCCAGAGCCCAGCGCUGUAGCACUUUCAGGUCGGUGCGGGAGCGGGAGAGCCGCACGAGGAAGAGCUCCAGCUCGUACGACGUCUCGUGCAGCCCGUCGCUGCAGAGCCGCGCGCUGCCCCCCGAGGAGGUCAGGAGCCAGGCUUCCGACGACAGCUCCCUGGGCAAGAUCUCCAACAUCCUGAUGAUCCCACGGCCCCACCUGCACCAGUGUGAAGUCAGCAGCUCCUUGGGCUAUACCAGCACCAGAGAUUUCCUUGAGAACAUGUUGGAGUCGCAGCAGCGCGACUCCAGCGCCCCGGGGCGGUUCCACGUGGGCAGCGCCGAGUCCCUGCUGCACAUCCGCCCGGGCGGGUACGCGCCGCAGCGCGCCCUCAUCAACCCCUUCGCCCCGUCCCGCAUGCCCAUGAAGCUGACAUCGAACCGCAGGCGCUGGAUGCACACCUUCCCCGUGGGUCCCUCAGGAGAAGCUAUCCAGAUCCAUCAUCAGACCCGCCAGAACAUGGCAGAAAUGCAGGGCAGUGGGCAGCAGGAUUUGACACAUUCCUCUGCAGAGCUGCUGGAGCUGGCUUACCAUGAGGCAACUGGCAGACACGUCAGCUCUCGGCAUCCGGGGGACAGCGGCUCCUUCCUGAGCUUCGGCGGGACGGAGGAGUUCGGGAACGGGCUGGGGGCCGGCCCCGGCGCAGGGGCGAACCUCAAAACUCAGAACAAGGAUUCCUUGGAAGAUGCUGUCUCUAAUUCUCCAGAUCCAAUUCUGACGCUGUCUGCUCCCCCCAUAGUGCCAGGCUUCUGUUGUACAGUUGGAGUGGACUGGAAGUCCCUGACCACCCCUGCCUGCCUGCCCCUCACCACCGAUUACUUCCCCGACCGCCAGAGCCUGCAGAACGAUUACACCGAGGGCUGCUACGACCUGCUGCCAGAGGCUGACAUGGACAGGAGGGAUGAGGAAGGAGUGCAGAUGACAGCCCAGCAGGUGUUUGAGGAGUUCAUUUGUCAGCGCCUCAUGCAGGGCUAUCAGAUCAUUGUGCAGUCCAAGCCGCAGAAGCCGGCCCCGGCCGUGCCGCCCCCGCUCAGCAGCAGCCCCCUCUACAGCAGAGGUCUUGUGUCGAGGAACAGACCUGAGGAAGAGGAUCAGUACUGGCUGAGCAUGGGCCGUACUUUCCACAAAGUCACCUUGAAAGACAAAAUAAUUACUGUGACCCGGUACCUGCCAAAGUAUCCAUAUGAAUCUGCUCAGAUAAACUACACCUACAGUUUGUGCCCCUCACACUCUGACUCUGAGUUUGUCUCUUGCUGGGUAGAAUUUUCCCAUGAGAGACUAGAAGAGUACAAGUGGAAUUACUUGGAUCAGUAUAUCUGCUCUGCUGGCUCAGAGGAUUUCAGCCUUAUCGAGUCGCUGAAGUUCUGGAGGACGCGGUUCCUGCUGCUGCCCGCCUGCAUCAGCGCCACCAAGCGCAUCAUGGAGGGGGAGGCGCACUGCGACGUGUACGGCGACAAGCCGCGCUCGGACGAGGAGGAGUGGCAGCUCCUCGAUGGCUUCAUCCGCUUCGUGGAGGGCUUGAACCGCAUCCGCCGCCGCCACCGCUCCGAUCGCAUGAUCCGAAAAGGGUCUGCCAUGAAAGGCUUGCAGAUUGCUGGUCCAAUUCCCACUCACUCCCUGGAGCAGUCUGGACCUCCCAUUGGGAAAAAGGGAACCUCAGCACUCUCAGCUCUGCUGCAGAUGGAAGCCAGUCAGAAGACCCUGGGGGAACAGCAAGCAGCAAUGCUUUCUGGGAAGAGCUCUGGCCAGCCUUCAGAGAGUGGGAGCAUUGCUAUCACACCCACCUAUAUGGACAGCCCUCGCAAGGAUGGGGCCUUCUUUAUGGACUUUGUUCGCAGCCCUCGCACAGCUUCAGCCUUCUACUCCCAGGUCUCUAUUGAUCAAUCAGUUCCUGCAACCUCUGAUGGCAGCACCUUGCUACCCACGGGGCAGGUCCCUGACAGGGGCAGCACCCAGGCCCUGGGGAGCACCCAGAAUGCUGCAGAGCCAGGAUACAGCACAGCUGGUGCUGCAGAGGGCAGCUCUCAGCAGUGUUCAACAAGUGCUCUGACUUCCUCCUCCACUUUGGUAGAGAUUCUUGAAGCCAUGAAACACCCCACCACAGGGAUCCAGCUGCUCUCUGAACAGAAGGGGCUCUCCCCCUACUGCUUCAUCAGUGCAGAAGUUGUGCACUGGCUGGUGAAUAACGUGGAAGGGGUGCACACCCAGGCCAUGGCCAUUGACAUCAUGCAGAAAAUGUUAGAAGAGCAGCUUAUUGUCCAUGCAUCUGGAGAAGCUUUACGAACCUUUAUUUAUGGCUUUUAUUUUUACAAGAUUGUUGUGGACAAAGAACCAGACCGAGUGGGGCUGCAACAGCCUGCCAUGUGGCACACAGCUGCCAUGGAUGACUUCUCAGCCUUCCAGAGGAAAUGGUUUGAGGUGGCCUUUGUGGCAGAAGAGCUGCUGCACUCGGAGAUCCCGGCGUUCCUGCUGCCCUGGCUGCCCAGCCGCCCCGCCUCCUAUGCAAGUAGGCACAGUUCCUUUAGCCGCAGUUUCGGAGGACGGAGCCAGGCAGCUGCACUCUUAGCUGCCACGGUGCCCGAGCAGCGCACGGUGACGCUGGACGUGGAUGUGAACAACCGCACGGACCGGCUGGAGUGGUGCAGCUGUUAUUACCACGGCAACUUCUCCCUGAACGCUGCCUUUGAGAUCAAGUUACACUGGAUGGCAGUGACUGCAGCUGUUCUCUUUGAGAUGGUUCAGGGCUGGCACAGGAAGGCCACCUCCUGUGGCUUCCUGCUCGUCCCAGUGCUGGAAGGCCCCUUUGCCUUGCCCAGUUACCUGUACGGGGACCCACUGCGAGCCCAGCUCUUCAUCCCACUCAACGUGAGCUGCUUGCUGAAGGAGGGCAGUGAGCAUUUGUUUGAUGGCUUUGAACCAGAAACAUACUGGGACAGAAUGCAUCUUCUCCAGGAAGCAAUAGCACACAGAUUUGGAUUUGUACAAGAUAAAUAUUCAGCCUCUGCAUUCAACUUCCCAGCAGAAAACAAGCCCCAGUAUAUCCAUGUCACAGGGACAGUGUUUUUGCAGCUGCCAUAUUCCAAGAGGAAGUUUUCCAGCGGGCAGCAGCGGCGCCGGCGCAACUCCACGAGCUCCAGCACGCAGAGCCUGUUCUGUGAGGAGCGCAUCGGCUACAACUGGGCCUACAACACCAUGCUGACCAAAACCUGGCGCUCCAGUGCCACCGGCGACGAGAAGUUCGCAGACCGGCUGCUGAAAGACUUCACAGACUUCUGCUGGAACAAAGACAGCCGGCUCGUCAUGUUCUGGACUGACUGUCUGGACAAGAUGCACGCUAGUGCCCCGUGAAUGGGGUUCUAUCUCUUAGGGAGACAGCUAGAAGCUCUACCUUGUGGCAAGGAAGUAGAAGUGAAGAGUCUCUCUGUUGGAUUCAUAUUGAGGCUCCAAGAGGACCUGAGCAAUAUUGCUGUUGAUAUUCAACAGAAUUUGAUUAAGUGCUUGGAAAAAAAGAAUUGGAGCUCUUGGCUUGCCAGUAUCUAUCACCUGACCGCAGCUUGGUUUCAAGUAGCUGCAGUCCUUGGUUGCCAAAACUUCAGUUAGAGCAGAGGUAAAGAAAGGAGAGUGCAAAUGGUUUUCAAGGGCAGUUGGAUUCAGCACAGUGUGAUGGUAUCAGCUUCCAGUCCCUGGAAAUGAUCGGUGCCAGUUGGUAUCUGAUGUGCCUGGCAGCAGCCUGUCCCUUCCCCUUCCAAGGUGUACCUGAUUGUGUGAAUAUGUAAGAUAAGAUGUGAGAGAUGCUUGUUAAAUUUUCAUACAUGUAAAUAAGUAAAAUGCAGAAAAUGAAGUGACCUGAUGUAUUGUUGUAACUCCACAGACAGCAAUGCAAAAUUGGUGAGUAAAAGAAAACAAUUGUCAAAAGAAAA